AUGACUAUAUCAGAAGCCAAAGACGAAGAGUCCGCUCCCAUCAAGAGCAACGAGUGUGCAGGUAGAAUGACGAACAACUCAUUCUCCUACGCUACAAACAACGUCACACCCAUCUGCCACCAAUCACGUCGAUCUACUCGCCAUUCGCAAGGUUCUAUGGAGCGGCAGAAAGUUCCGCAAACUUCACGAUGGAUCCAUCGUCGUCAUCGUCAUUCGUUCGAUUCGUCCUUGGAAUCAAGAAGGGCUGAUCAAUACUCUCCUCCACCUAGACUGAUACCAUUUAACACCACAUCGGUGUAUAACUUAGACACGUCGUACACUCGAAAACCAACCAACUCCUCCUUGCAGUCUGAUUCCGGAUUCUUCUCAUCGACGGCCUCAUCGCUCGGUACACCCAUAAGUCGGAACGCUGUCCGGGGGUACAAGAAAACCUAUUGCUCCAUCUGCAAGAUGCACAUUAACAAAGAUGGCAAAAGAAGUCAGGGACCCCGACGUCAUCUGCUUCAGUACCACGUGCGACGCCCGUUGUUCCAGUGUCCUCACUGCUCUCACGCGUCAUUCUAUGACAAAUUCCAUGUGACCAGUCAUAUGCGGCGAAUUCAUCAGGACGAUUCGGAGCGGCUCAUCAACAGAAGCUCGGAAUUCGAAGAUGAAGUGGAGGAGUGGUAUGAGCGAUGUUUUGGUGAGAGAAGGAGCAGCACGAGAGAUGAGAUGAGACAGUCCUCACAGAAACCUCUCAGUCCCACUCCAGCAGGCUUUUCACCACCGCCAGUUCUCACACCAGAAGUUCCGGAUAAGGAGAAUGUUGACCCAUGCGGGGGCGAUCCGGUCUCAGAAGUGGAUAAUACUCCUCUGAAAGCUCCAGUGAAGAGGCGGAAAAUGGGAUUUAUGGUGGACGACAUUUUGCAGGCAAGUCCCCCGAAAAGGCUAUCACUGCUUCGAGGAGAAGGAACUAACCUGUGA